CCUCACACUCGGCCUCGUACUCGUCCUAGCUGCGCAGUACACUGAAGGAAAGCAUUGGAUUCACAGCCAACUCUUUAUCUAUCUUCUCUUCUUUCUACUCGUCGAGCCACUCAAACUCUACGGCCAUGGCUUCUCAAGCAGAAGACCAGCGGUCCAUCCUCAGCACUGUGUCGGUUCAUCCUUCCUCAGACACCAUAACCAAGCUCGUCAAGCGCAUCCGCGCACUCACUUACCGCCUCCUCCCCGUCGAAGUCGAGCUCAACGACAUCACCGCCGCGACCUCGAGCAUCAUCACGCCCGAGGUCGUUGCUGCGUACGCCAAGGCGGGUGGUGACUUUAGGGAGGCGGUGCCCUUCUGCCUCCUGCGGGCCCGCUCUACCUUCCUUGACGAGGGCUCUGCCAACCCCGCCGACUACGAGGAGUCGCAAUGCCGCGCGACGGCUUGUGAGGUUCUUGCACGCCGCAUGGUGCACAGAUUCCCCAAGGACCGUCUCCCCAGUGUCAUGAGUGGUCGUUUCCGCUGGCGCACGUCUGACGGUGGCGAGUCGGCUUCGGCCUCCGCCCUCGAGGUGGCGAUCGACGGUCACUGUACUAUCUUCCUCAGCUCCAACGAGGCCCAGUCGGUCGUUAAUGCCCUCUGGAAGGGCCUCUGGGUCCAGAAGAACAACGAAGACGAGCGCAAUGACAUUGACUACAUCGAGUAUCACCACCCGCCCGAGACCGGAUCAGGCUUUUGGAAGCACUUCAACCCCGACCGUCUUUCUGUCCCUCGCUACCAAAGUAUCUUCCGUGUUGUCAUUUGGUUUGUCUUCUUGUUCAUCUACCAGAUGACCAUUCAGAGUCCUGCGGAUGCCACCGACCCUCUUCACGAGUUUGACGGCUGGGAGAUUGCACUCUACACCAUGGCGUUCGCUUUCCUACUUCAAGAGCUUAUCAAGGCUUUCAAGACCUAUGGGCUCGCCACCAACCCACUUGUGCUUCUGAGCUUCUGGACCAUCGUUAGCUUUACCACCUAUGUUCUCCUCCUCGUCGCCUUUGGCCUCCGUGUCUUUGGAACGAGGCUGGAAGAUGAUGAUGAUGAUAGGGCCAAACUCCACUUCCGAAGCUUCCAAGUUCUGUCUUGUGUGGGGCCACUCAUCUGGAUUCGCCUGUUGACCGUGUUUGAAGGCUACAAGGUUAUCGGUGUCCUUCAGGUGGUCGUCUUCCGCAUGCUGCGCGAGUCGGCCAUCUUCUUCAUCUUGCUGUUCAUCAUGGCCAUUGGAUUUGCUCAAGCCCUGUACGCCCUGGACACGGCGGACGGCGAGACCAACAGCACUGGCUUCCUCGUCAACAGCUUGCUUCAGGCCCUGCUCAUGUCGCCCGACUACGGCGACUACAUGCAACCCGACCCCCGCUUUGGAUAUCCGUUCGGUCUCAUCAUCUACUACUCCUGGUGCUUCAUUGUUGGCAUUGUUCUCGUCAAUGUCCUCAUUGCGCUGUUCGGCUCGGCGUACUCUGACGUCUCGGACAAUGCCACCGACGAGUACCUCACCUUCUUUGCUGGGAAGACGGUUGACCUCAUUCGUGCGCCCGACCACUUUGUUUACCAGGCGCCCUUCAACCUGAUCGAGAUCUUCCUCAUCGCUCCGUGGGAGUAUGUUAUCCCGUACGACAGCUACGUCAGGCUCAACCGCUACGCCAUGACCGUCCUCUUCUUCGUUCCUCUCACCCUGAUUGCAGUCUACGAGUCGGCUAUCCAUGGCAGCGGCAGGCUGCACAACUACUUUGCCGAGCCGAUCCCAGAGGAUGAGGACGACCCGAAGGUCAUCAACCCUACGAGCGAUGACCCCGCUGGCGAGAUCACGCGGGUUCCGUUUGACGAGCUUAUCAAGGCAUUCCCCGACACUACCAUGACCGAGUCGGCCGUCAUUCUCGAGAAGAUCAGCAGCCUCCGUCGCCAGCUGGAGCAGCUGGAGAAGGAGUUGAAGAAGUAACCGGUGCGGUGUGGUGUGCCCCCGUGGUGGCUUUCCGAGCCACGUCAAGGCUGUAGCAAAGUGAAUGAGGCACAAGAAGCCUGUAGCGAAACCGAGGAGCAUGGAUAUUCAUUGAACUAUGCAUGUGGU